UUGGGCAUAAAAAAAGAGGAUAGCGUUGCCAUUCCAUCCAAUCCCAAUCUAAGUGACCAAGUCCAGCCAUGAUUUUGACGAUUAGCGUUCGCUUGUUGUGUUAUUGUUUUGUGUAAAUCACCAUUGGAAAUAACCUUGUAAUUUGUCAACACUCUACACUGCCCUAACAGUUUUGAUGAUCACAAAUUUAAUUUUUCACGUCAAAGACCUAUAUAUAACACAGUGCGUUUGUUUUGUUUUCUGUUCAUGUAUAGCUAACCUAGCAUAAAAAAUAGUGGUGUGUAUAAAUAAUUUUCAGGUGUAAUUAAAGAUGUCGGAAAGUUCCUCAUCACAGAGUCUCCCAAACUCUGCAGUCUUCUCAUCUGCACCUGUUGUGAAAGAAGGAUGGCUCUUCAAAAGAGGAGAGCACAUCAAGAACUGGAGAUCCCGAUAUUUCCGUUUGCUGGAAGAUGGAUCUCUGAUUGGCUACAAGAACAAACCAGAUCUGCCAUUGCCUGAGCCCCUAAACAACUUCACUGUGAAGGGGUGCCAGAUCAUGAGCACAGACCGUCCCAAGCCCUAUACAUUCAUCAUCAGGGGCCUUCAGUGGACUACAGUCAUAGAGCGCACAUUCCAUGUCGAGUCUGAUAAAGAAAGAGAGGACUGGGUGGCUGCUAUCCAAGGAGUGGCUGACCGUUUGGCAGACUCGGAGGAUGUGGAGAUGAAGGGACCUCAUGGCACAGUCUCCAGCGGUACGGAGGCAAGUGGCAUCGGCACUAUGGAGGAACUGGAAUCCAAGUUUUCCCUUCAAGGCACUUCGAGUAGUAAAUCCACCGGCAAAAAGAAAGUGACACUAGAGAACUUUGAAUUCUUAAAGGUUCUUGGCAAAGGAACAUUUGGGAAAGUCAUUCUCUGUAGAGAGAAAGCAACAGGAAGAUUGUAUGCGAUAAAAAUAUUAAAGAAAGAAGUCAUCAUCCAAAAAGAUGAAGUUGCGCAUACAUUAACGGAAAACCGAGUACUUCGAACAACAAAUCAUCCUUUCCUCAUUUCGCUCAAGUAUUCAUUCCAGACUGCUGACCGACUCUGUUUUGUCAUGGAGUAUGUCAACGGUGGGGAACUAUUCUUCCAUCUAAGUAGGGAGAGAGUCUUCAGCGAGGAACGUACCAGGUUUUAUGGUGCUGAGAUCAUCUCAGCACUAGGUUACCUGCACGAGGAAGGGAUCAUUUACAGAGACCUCAAGUUGGAGAACCUCCUGUUGGACAAGGAUGGACACAUCAAGAUAGCAGACUUUGGCCUCUGUAAGGAGGAUAUCAACUACGGACAGACAACCAAGACAUUCUGUGGCACACCAGAAUACCUAGCUCCAGAGGUACUGGAAGAUAAUGACUAUGGACGAGCCGUAGACUGGUGGGGAGUAGGUGUGGUCAUGUAUGAGAUGAUGUGUGGACGGUUGCCUUUCUACAACAGAGACCAUGAUGUUCUCUUCACACUUAUACUUAUGGAAGAGGUCAAGUUCCCCAGGAAUAUAUCUGCAGACGCUAAAGACCUCUUGAGUGGACUCUUGGUAAAAGAUCCUUCAAAGAGGCUUGGAGGAGGGCCGGAAGAUGCAAAGGACAUCAAGGCACAUAACUUCUUCAGAUCCAUCAACUGGACAGAACUUAAUCAGAAAAAUAUAACACCACCGUUCAAGCCGCAGGUGAAGUCGGACACAGACACUAGAUACUUUGACACAGAGUUCACGGGGGAGAGCGUGGAACUGACGCCGCCAGAACACCAAGGCCCACUAAAUAGCAUCGCGGAGGAGUACGAGCAGCAACAGCCUUACUUCCCUCAAUUCAGCUAUCAGGACCUCGGCUCCACUCUCGGCAGUUCCACAGCCAUCAGCCUCAGUACGGGUUCGUUGGUGCAGCAACACUGACUUUACUCCACUGUCCGGCUCUAAACGUGGUAGAGUUCACGUAACUUUUACAAUAUUCAUAUUGAGUAAUUUUUACUCUCCAUUAUUUUUAAAAACAACUGCUUCUAAACCAUCAGUAGUUUCACAAUAAAAAAGAAGGUUAAAUUUAAAUUAAUGACAAAUAUUAAAAACGUAAAAUUUCAACAAAUAUUUCAGAUUUUUAAAAUUACUCUUAUCGUCUGUGUUAAUAUCUCCUAAUUAUAAAUAGCUUUAAUAAGCAGAUGGAUAUAUUUUGUAGGCACAUUAUGUAAAUUGUAAUUGUGACUGUAAAUCUGACACUCCUACCACAAAAACAUUUUAAACCGUCUUAAUAUCUGCAUUGAUUGAACCACAUGUUUUUAUUCAUCUAUGAGCAAUAAAUGUGCCAAAGUAUCUAAAACUACAAUAUUUAUGUACAAUAAGUCAAAUGUGAAUCAAUACUUUGAUAACGGUUAAUUUAGAAUUUAUUAUUAAAAUCUUUUUGUGGUAGGAGAGUUAAUUGUCUAUGUUGUCAUUUUUAUUGUUAGUACAAUCAAAUUUGAAUAAUAGAUACUAUUUACUAUUAAUCAUACUUCGGCUCACAACCAAAGAACCCUUACUGAAACAUCCUUUUUUGUAUUCACUGGAAAUUUACAAAAUACGAUUAGAAGAAUAUUUUGGUCUUCCAGUAAUUUGUAAAUUAUAAAGAAACCUUGUGUUUUGCCUGUUGUCGGAUUUCCUUCAGCCUCUGGAAGCGUAUAUGUAUACAAUGACAAGGAGGGUUAAUUGCUAGCUGUCACAAGACUGAAAAUGGCCAGAAGUCAUUAGAUUGUGGAGGACAAUCUGUGUAAUGUAAUAUCGAGAAGAAAUUGACAGGACAAGGUCAUAUAGCUAGCACGUAUACAUAUUGAAUAAAAAUUCAAAUGAUUGUUAGAACUAUACAUAUUUAUUUAUUGACUUACUGUUUGUUAAAUGUGAAUAUUACUGUAAAAUAUUGUUCGGAGGAUAUAAUUUUUCCACAAAACUAUUAUGAUGAUAAAAAAUAUAUUGUUCAAGCCCAGUUUAAUCACUGUACUAUGCGGAAAUUUACUAGUAGCCUAUGUGUGUUUAAUGUACAAGUUGUAUGUAUAUAUAGAAGUGUACGAUAAAUAUUUAAAUACAGUAGACUGCCAAAUUGGAACCGUAGGUCAUGUGCUUGUGCAUCAUCCAGGCUUUCCUGGAAUAUUUUUGUUUUAGGAAAUAUUUUUUUUAAUCCAGAGAGUCAUAUGGGUACUCUUCUUUUUGAGCAUUUGCGCGCAUUAAUGUAUUUGAUAUUACAUUUACAUGAUUAGUUUUUGCUAAAAGCUAUCGGGCAUUUAUAAUAUUUUCAUUCGUGCCGUACUUGAAUCAAUAUUGUGUUAAGUGUUAUUUGUUUAUUAUUAAUUUAUUUUUGAAACUGUUUAUAAGAAUUCAGAUGUUAAACAGGUCCUUGCAAAUAUGAAUGUUUAAAAGAAGUCAAAUGCGAAGUACAACAUUUUUUAUUUAAUGGUAUGAUACAUUGAUUACUGUAUCACGUACAUCAAUAGCUUUAUCUGGUUUCCAGUUGCAUAACUGGUUACCAGAAGAUACAGUUAUUAAUGCAUUACUAGUCACCAUUAAUAGAAAAAUAAGUAAUAAUAAUGUAGUGUUUUAAUAUUAUUUUCUAUAUUACCACAUCUCAGAAUUUAUUUUUGAUUUAUCCUAAUAUUAUCAUUUUACAAAAGUUGUUAAAAGAUAACAAACUAUCUACAUUUUUAAGUUAUUACAUUGUUGUUCCGUUUGUUAUUUAUUUUAAUUAGUUACUUUCAUUAUAUGUUUUCAGUCUAAGUCAUCUUAUUGUGUUACUCGGUUUUAACUUUAGAUUGGUUAAUGAAUGCUAUGGUUCUCAAUCUGUUGAGUAGAUAUCAGUAUAUCGCUUACUAUGAUUUCAUUUAUCUCAGUAAUUUGAUAUUUGCAUGGACCUAAAUGAUGAAAAUAAGAUUAAGAGACAUAGAGGUUGUGAUUGUAUGUGGAAUGUGUUGUGAUGUAUAAACCUACUUAUCAUGUAUUGUAGUGCUUCAGUAGUUAUAGGUGUACGCUGUUAAAGAGGCACAUUUCUUGCAGCUAAGGGCGUGUAAAAUUGUCAAAUAUGGUUAUAUUUCCUUUAAAAAUUAUACUAUAUGUUACGUUUAAAAAUUUCACAAGAAUGUUUGUUGAGACAGACAUUUAAGCUAUUCCAGUCCUGUGAUAAUAUUAUGAGUCAACGUAUUAAUUUAAAGAUGAGGUCUUAAAAUCUGUAUACGGUUUAAAAAUAUUAUUGUUAAAAUCAUUAAUUUCGAAUAAAGUCGCAAAAUUUCAAUUACAGCACAGAAUAUGAGAACUAACUGUACAUUACUGGCUGAAUCAAACUUUUUAAAUUUCAAAGUAAAGCACAAGUGUUAAUUACAAUGUUUUAUGUUAUAAAAUAAUUAUAGUAAGUCUUCUGUAAAUAUAACACAUAGGCGCAGAAUGUUUAGGUUUUGCUGCAAGGAAUGUGGUUUUAUCUUUAUUCCAGCAAAAUUGUCAAUAAACUGUAUUUAUAAAAUAAAUUCAGUUUAAAUUUGUAUUUUAAAUACAAUUUUGAAUAUCAUAUCAAAGGAAUAUCAUAAUUUCAUGAAUGGUCAAGGAGUAACAAUUUCAGUUCUGGUUCGGUUUUUUGUUUGAAUUAAAGAUUACAAAAAUUAAAGAUUUAAUCAGUGUCUGAUGACUUUGGCUGUAACUGUUCUGCAGAAAUCAGAUUGAUCUUGUUCUGGAAGUUUUGCUAUUAAAUAGUAUGCAGUCAACAUUAAAAAAAAAACACACACAAAUUAGACUUGGUGCCUAAUUAAAUUGCUUUUUAUUUAGCCAAUUAAAACAAAAGUACGUAUUUGCCAUAGCAAAACUUUCAAAUGAGCACAUAAAUAAAAGUAUAAUGCAUUUCAGUUUGUCAAAAGUAUUUCAACUUGGACAGUCAUAUAAACUAUUCCUUGUAUGGACAUAUAAAUUUACUGUUUAUAAGUGAUCAGUCAGUCCAUAGAGUUCUCUGAUAUCUAGUUUUACGUUUUGUAAACCACAAUAUAAAACAAUUACCAUACAAUUCCAACGAAUUUCCAAGGUAAUUUAAUAGAAAUAAGAUGAACUUAUUGACCAAAUCUAUAUGCUUGAGUAUGUUGUUUAUUGUUGAAGAUUUACAAAAAAAAACAAUGAAAAUCCUACAGUACAUAAAAAAGCAAUGCCAAAGCAUCGGUGAAGGACAUGACCAAUGUACAUAUCAGUUCUUGAUUAUUGUAAAGUAAUUUUCAUUGCAUACUUGGGGAAUGGAUAGUAAAAUUUUAUGGACGUGGUUGUUUAAUUUAGUAAACAAUCCAUAGGCGUGGUCGGUUUUGAGCGCUAUAUACUGUCAGAAGUAUUAAGACUAGAAAUUACUUUGCUUUUAUCAGCUUUCUUCGCAUAUUAAUGACAAAAAACACAACAUAUUUAGCUAUUAAAAACUAAUGUCCCAGUGCUUGUUAAAGGUUUGCGUAAAUUUAUUUUCUCAAGCUCAAAUAAAUAUAAAAGUACUAACAAAAUAAAGGUGAUAAAGUGGCAGAUUAUUUCGUAAAAAUAACUUUUAUCUUCAUUAUUACUUAACGAAUCUUGAGUUUUAUAAUAUAAAAUUACUUUUAGUGCUCAUUUCUUUGGAAAUUGUCAAUUGCAAAAUAGAUCUGUCAUAUAAUCAAUUAUUGUGGUACUAAUUUAAAUUAUUUUUUAUUGAUUAUUAAAUUUCCCUUUAAUAUGGAUCAUAUGGCAUAAAACCUGACCAGAAGAUGAUUUAAGUUACCUUGACUUGACCUCAAAAACCUAACCUGAUGAUCAUCUCUCAGAAAAAGUGUGUAAAAUAACAAGUAACGUAUCACGUUUGUAAAUAGAAAAUAUUUUUGGCAUCAUUUUAUAAUCUGUUUUUCCUUUUGAAUAUUUACACCUGUAAUACAGCAAGAGUAGUGUAGAUGCUUGGUGCCAUGUGGUAUGUAUAUUUGUCAACAAUAAUGUUUUAUGUAUAUUUUAUUUUAUCGAUGUGCUUGCUGUAAUAUAUACUUAUCAUUAGCUCAAUUGUUUACCCUUUUCUUAGUGUUCUGAUUGUAGUGUAGUCAAAGAAUUCUUGUUUGUUUGUAGUUCUAUAUUGUUUUGCAUGGUAAAUGUUAGGAUGAAUGCCCCUUAACUCUCCGUCAGUUUUUGCAAACUAUUUGCUAUCACUACACUUUUUAAAUUAACAUCUUCUUUCCUUUAUUUGUAUUAUAUUUGACUGUAUGUGCAUUUUUGUAAUGUCUAUUUUUCAGUUGUACAUUUUUAAACUGGGCUGUGCUUGAAAAUUUACUGAUAAGUAAAUUUGCUUUACAUAAAUAAUCAUUAUUGUUAUCUCAUCAUAUGUUUACUGUUUAGUGCAUUGCAUUUGGUACUAAACCAAUAUAAUCCUGUUAAGGUUUAGUAGCUUUAUCAUCAUAUUUAUUUAAUUGCUUUUACGUUGAUUGUUAUUGUUCAGUAUAUAUUGAUUGAUGUGGAACCGCAAGUGGUGUUCUCGACGACCUGUCGUAGUACAGACAUUCCUCUUGUGUAUGUAAAUUGAGGAUUGAAAGUAGCUAGUGUGUGGGGUAUCUGAGACACCGAGUUGUGUUUGUAAAUACAUUGUAUAAAUCAAUUAACUGCUGUGAAAGAAAGAAAGAAGACAGUUUGCUAGUGUAACUAAACUAUUGUUGUGGAUUAUGUAAUUAAUUGCUACACGCAAAUUUUUAUGGACACAUUUUAGGCAAUUAAAAUUAGCAAAAUUUUUAAGCUUGACGGCGAUGAUACGAGUGUGAUUACAUCUUGUUCGUAGUGAACUGAGCUUACUUGUUAAUAAAGUUUUUAAGUGCUACCCUGCACGUACAUUUUGUAUAAAGUAAAUUCAAGAAAAUAAAGAUGUAUGAUAAUAACAAUUAGUAGUAACAUAUCAUACAAUGUAAAAAAGCAAAAAAUUAUAUACUAUAUAUAUAUAUAUAAAUAUAUACACCUGUUUUUGCCUUGUUAGUUAAAUAAGUUUACAGUGUUACAAUGUUGAACUAAAAGGAAUUGAUAAAAUGUAAUAAAAAAUGAGCAUAUUGUAAUAUUGUAAGUUGGUGCUAGGAAGGUGUAAGUACUUGUGUGUAUUAACUGAUAUGAAUGAAAAUAAAUCUUGUAUAAUGAUUUGUA